GUGUAAACGUGAUGUUUACAUGAGGGGUGUUGAAAAACCUCCCUCCCCGCGAUGCCUGCAUCCGCCGUUGACUGCAGCUAAAGGUCACCGAGAAAGCGACGUGCCAGGUAUGGCUGUUGUAGACUGCGUCGGUCCGGAGGAGGAGAGCUGGAGAGGAGACUGAGUAGAGCCAAAGGAAAUAAGAGAUCAGACAAACACAGCAAGCAGCAUGCCGUUUGGGAUGGUAACGCUUCCCACUGUCCGAUACCAUCAUCACUAAGCACUGAACAAAUCUCCAAAGCGGAGGGUAAUGAUGACAUCACAAAUUCAGACUGAUACAGUGUGAUCCAUCAUUCCUGGCCUGACGUUGACAUGGCAACAGGCAGGAAGGGCUCCACCUCAAAGGGAGGAAGCGUGCGUUUCCCUGACGACGAGGAUGCUAUGGGCUCCCCUGUUCACCGUGAGGACAAAGCCAAUGAUUCUUCCAUCCCUGCUCUCCCAGAGCCUGAUGGGAACUUCCUGGUUAAGGUAGGGUUCCUGAGGAGUCUGCAUCGUUAUGAGAUCGUCUUCACCCUCCCAGAGGUGCCUGUGCUGGGGAAAGAUGUGUGCUCCCUCCCUUCCUCCUCAUCACCGACUCCCAGACCCCUCCUCAAAGUCAACCGUGUCACACCCACACCAGAGGGUGGGGUGAAGGUGACGUGUGAGUACACCACCCACCAGGAGGGGGUGCUGCAGGAGGAGCUGACCCUGGUCAGCCGGGGGAAGAAGGACCAACGUUUGCGGGUCAGACUACAGGCCCGGGUCAUGGAUCGUCACCAUGGUACUCCUCUGCUGCUGGAGGGGGUGCGGUGUCUGGGGGCGGAGAAAGAAAAAAGGAAAUGAACCAUCCGUCCCUUUAUAUCUUCCCCCUCCUGUUGAGACCAGCCAUCGUCCGUCCCUUUAUAUCUUCCCCCUCCUGUUGAGACCAGCCAUCGUCCGUCCCUUUAUAUCUUCCCCCUCCUGUUGAGACCAGCCAUCGUCCGUCCCUUUAUAUCUUCCCCCUCCUGUAGAGACCAGCCAUCGUCCGUCCCUUUAUAUCUUCCCCCUCCUGUAGAGACCAGCCAUCAUCCAUCCCUUUAUAUCUUCUCCCUCCUGUAGAGACCAGCCAUCGUCUGUCCCUUUAUAUCUUCCCCCUCCUGUAGAGCCCAGACAUCAUCCGUCACUUUAUAUCAUCCCCCUCCUGUAGAGACCAGCCAUCAUCCGUCCCUUUAUAUCUUACUCCUCCUGCAGAGACCAGCCAUCGUCUAUCCCUUUAUAUCUUCCCCCUCCUGUAGAGCCCAGACAUCAUCCGUCACUUUAUAUCUUCCCCCUCCUGUAGAGACCAGCCAUCAUCCAUCCCUUUAUAUCUUCCCCCUCCUGUAGAGCCCAGACAUCAUCCGUCACUUUAUAUCUUCCCCCUCCUGUUGAGACCAGCCAUCAUCCGUCCCUUUAUAUCUUCCCCCUCCUGUAGAGACCAGCCAUCAUCUGUCCCUUUAUAUCUUCCCCCUCCUGUAGAGACCAGCCAUCAUCUGUCCCUUUAUAUCUUCCCCCUCCUGUAGAGACCAGCCAUCAUCCGUCCAUUUAUAUCUUUCCCCUCCUGUAGAGACCAGCCAUCGUCCGUCCCUUUAUAUCUUCCCCCUCCUGUAGAGACCAGCCAUCAUCCGUCCCUUUAUAUCUUACUCCUCCUGCAGAGACCAGCCAUCGUCCGUCCCUUUAUAUCUUCCCACCCCCUCCUGUAGAGACCAGCCAUCAUCCGUCCAUUUAUAUCUUCCCACCUCCUCCUGUAGAGACCAGCCAUCGUCCGUCCCUUUAUAUCUUCCCCCUCCUGUUGAGACCAGCCAUCAUCCGUCCAUUUAUAUCUUCCCACCUCCUCCUGUAGAGACCAGCCAUCGUCCGUCCCUUUAUAUCUUACCCCUCCUGUAGAGACCAGCCAUCGUCCGUCCAUUUAUAUCUUCCCACCCCCUCCUGUAGAGACCAGCUGUCGUAGUGGAACAAAACCAGCACUUACCUGCACUUAGCCACACACAUGCAUGCACCCGUAGUGGCACACACACACCUGAGGAGGCUGAUGGGAGGUGCUAUAGGGACAGCUUAGUGUAAAGACUGGAAUGGAACAUGUGGAACAGUAUCAAACAUAUAGAAACCACGUUUGACUCCGUUCCAUGAAUUCCAUUCCAGCCAUUACAAUGAGCCCAUCCUCCUAUAGCUCCUCCCACCAGCCUCCUCUGACACACAAACACACACACACACAAACUGUUUUUUUGUGAUUAGCCCUGUAAUGAAGACCAAGGUGUCCAUGAUCACUUAUAGUUCCCCAAAUGUAAAAUGACACAUUGCUCAGUGAGGGAGCCAAUGUGUUUCCAACAUCCACUGUAGGUCCAUUAUAUAACCAGGCACUGAAGCUCUUUGCUUCUCGUCCCUUCUGUCGUUCUGCAACAAGAGCCAAGCGUCAACCAGCCUUAAACGAUCAGAAAUAUGAUUUACAUUUCAAUUAUGCACGUCAAUAUAACCUGUCAUUGUAUUAUGAUUUACACUGAGUGGACAAAACAGUAAGAACACCUUCCUAAUAUUGAGUUGCACCCCCCCAUUCACCCUCUGAAUGUCACACAUACACAAUCCAUGUCUCAAUUCAAGGCUUAAAAAUCCUUCUUUAUCCUGUCUACUCCCCUUCAUGUAUACCGAUUUGAAGUGUAUAGGUGACAUCAAUAAGGGAUCAUAGAUUUCACUUGGAUUCACCUGGUCAGGCUGUCAUGGAAAGAGAAGGUGUUCUUAAUGUUUUGUCCACUCGUUGUACAGUAGGUGUUCUGUGUGAGCGCCAGCUUUCACCAACUAUGUAAGAGUAUGCCUUUUAGUCUGUGUGUCCUGCAAAUCUGUCUCUGUAUUGUACUAGAUUCUCCUAUAUCUCUGUCAGUAAAUAAAAUAUCAUGUCAAC